GCCGCACUAAGCUGAACCCAUAGAUUUAAAGAACAAACUGAACCCAGUUGAACCCAAAAUAGAACCAGAAAGGCGCAAUUCGAUACUCCAUGUUUAAAAUUUCUUCUGUAACUAAACAAAUUUCUCAACUUUGAUUUAUUCAUCGAUCUGGGUACCUCAUAUUUACACCUUUUCCUACGAUUUUGAUCCAUUUUCUUGCAGUUCUCACCCAUGUCUGCUCAAACUCAAACCUCCUCAAUUCUUGGAAAUGGCUUACAUUACGCAACCCCAAUUCUAUCCACAACCAAAACAACUGAACCAGAGAUUGUAAAGUGUGUUCUCAGAAUGAUGCAAGGCUUUUCAACUUCUCUUUUUUACUGGGACAACAAUACUCAGAGAUUUUCAGUUGUUAGAAAUGGCAUCAUUGUCACUCACCUUUCUUACAGCAGCCUCAGUAACAUUGUUUCCCAGUUUAUGUACUCUGCUACUUGUUUGCAACUUGUUGAAGUUUAUGUUGAUAGAUUGAAUUUGGAGUCUAAUAUGCCUACUUUGAGAGCUUUUUCAUCUUCUGUUUCUCAAUGGCUUAAGAGAUUGAGAGAUGUUGCUUUGAAGGAAGAAAUGAAGAUGUGUGAAUCCAAUGUUGAAGUUACUCAUACUCUUUUGGGGUUGUCAAGUUCCUUAUCAAGUCUUUGCUCAGGUGCUGAGUGUUUAUUGCAAAUAGUACAUGGAUCCAUACCUCAAGUGUAUUUUCAGCUUAAGUCAUCUAUUUCUCCUAAUGAAGUCGCUGUUCAUAUCCUGGACCAUCUUUACAAGAAAUUGGACGAAGUUUGUCUUGUGCAAGGUGGUGAGGAGGAACCGUAUAUGAUGGUACUUCAUAUUCUUGUCGGAAGUUUAUUACCAUACAUUGAGGGGCUAAAUUCAUGGCUUUUUAAGGGAACGUUUGAUGAUCCUUUUGAGGAGAUGUUCUUUUAUGCUAAUAGAGGAAUCUCAGUUGAUGAGUCUGAGUUCUGGGAGAAGAGUUAUCAACUGAAACAUAUGAAGGGUAAAGAGCAGAAUAACAAGGGAAUUCAACUAUGUCCUUUGUUUAUUCAGACCAUUGCAAAAUCCAUUGUCUCUGCUGGAAAAUCACUGCAGCUGAUUCGCCAUGUUCCUGUCUAUCUAGCACCUGGGAGAAGUAUUGACAGUGACAUUGAUGGUAAUUUAUGCAGCCAGCAACUAAGCAUGUCAGGCUUAACUUUAUCUGAAACUUUUUGUGUAUCAGUAGCAGGUCUCAUAGACCAUGGCGACCACAUGUAUAGAAACCUUUUACAAAAUGAUGUAUGCAAAUCUGAUAUUGUCCAUUCUUUGGCUUCUGAUAUUGUCCAUUCUUUGGCUUCUGAUAUAAUCAUGGAAAAUGUGGGGAAAGGAAAUGGUAAAAGCUUUCCAGCUUCUGCAUGCUCCAACAAUAUUGGCGAUAAGGUCCUGGGCAACUCAUCAUCACUUGAAAAAGUGCCUGAUGUAGAAUCUGCAAGUAUCGAUGGGAUUGCCUUUCCUGAUACAGAAGAAGGGUAUAUUCCAGCGGAGCCCUUACAAAGAUCACUCUGUCCAGAAAAUCCAGUUCUCACCGUGUGCCGAAGUUUACUUGACAAGCAUAAGGAUUCCUGGGAUAUGUUGAACAUAUCAAAACAUUUUCAUUUACCCCCUUUAAAUGAUGAGGUGUUACGAGAAGCUAUAUUUGGCUGUGAGAGUGGGGAGAUGUCUGCAGUUAGAGGAACAGAUUACGCUUUCGGUUUUCAGUUUGACAAAUCCGAGCACUUUCCUUCACAGGAUAAUACAAGAUUGUUAGAAGCCUUGUUUCCUUUUCCCACUCUUCUUCCUUACUUUCAGGAUGAUAUUUCUAUGUCAGAGUUUUUGCCUCUUCAGAAGAAUAGCACUCUUUCAUCAAGACUUCUCAGCUGGCUCCAAAGUGUUGAACCAAGAGCAAUGCCACUUCCAUUGGUUAUUAUGCAGGAGUGCCUUACAGUAUACAUUAAGAAGCAGGUGGAUUAUAUUGGCCAUCUUAUACUGUCGAAGUUGAUGAAAGAUUGGAGAUUGAUGGAGGAGCUUGCAGUUUUGCGCGCCAUUUACUUGUUAGGUUCAGGUGACCUUCUGCAACACUUUUUGACCCUGAUUUUCAGCAAACUGGACAAAGGAGAGACCUUGGAUGAUGAUUUUGAGCUAAACUUGACACUGCAGGAAUCCAUCAGAAAUUCUUCUGACAGCAUGCUGCUAAUUGCUCCAGACUCGUUAUUUGUAGCUAUCACCAAGAGUCAUGGUUUUGAUGGUGAUGAGUUACCUAGUUCGCCAACUUUUACCUCAACACCUCGAAAGAAUCGUUCACACAGCUUUGGAAUAGAUGGUCUCGAUUCUCUGAAAUUUACAUACAAGGUAUCCUGGCCACUUGAACUUAUUUUUAAUACAGAGGCAAUUAACAAGUAUAACCAGGUGAUGAGGUUUUUGUUGAAGGUCAAACGGGCAAAAUUUGCUCUCGACAAAGUCCGGAGGUGGAUGUGGAAGGGUAGAGGCACUAUGAACAACAGCUGCAAGCAGCACUGGUUGGUAGAACAGAAACUACUACAUUUUGUAGAUGCCUUUCACCAGUAUGUAAUGGAUAGGGUCUAUCAUAGCGCAUGGCAUGAACUUUGUGAAGGUAUGGCAAGAGCCGGAUCUCUGGAUGAAGUCAUUGAAGUACAUGAGGCGUAUUUAUUGUCCAUUCAGCGGCAAUGCUUUGUUGUUCCAGAUAAGCUGUGGGCCUUGAUUGCAAGUCGAAUCAAUAAUAUUCUUGGAUUAGCUCUGGAUUUCUACUCCAUACAGCAGACACUAAAUGCUGGUGGAGCAACUUCUGCAAUGAAGGCCAGAUGUGAAAUGGAAGUGGAUAGGAUCGACAAAAGAUUUGAUGACUGCAUUGGUUUUCUACUCAGAAUUCUUUCAUUUAAACUCAAUGUGGGAAACUUUCCUCAUUUGGCUGAUCUGGUUACUAGAAUCAACUACAACUAUUUCUACAUGUCUGAUAGCGGAAACUUGAUGACAGCAACUAACUCCGAAACUGUUACUUCAAGAAUGGGAAAACCAUUUUGAGCUAGCUAUACAGGAUGAGAUUUUUUUUGUUCAUCACAUAGUAAUCUCCGGAUGCAUUCACAUGAAUGACACAGAAGCUAGUCGGAGAGUGGUACAGAACGGUGAUUGAUUCUCUAGCUGACCGUGUUAAAGUGUUGGCGUGAAAACUGCAUCAAGAGGUUUAAUGAGAUGGUGCUGUUUUCUGAUUAUGUAAAUCUUCAUUUCUUUGAAUUGAAGUGCUGUAUAUCAAUUUGUGAUAGUUGUAGUUGUUGCUUCAAUUCUACAGUCAAGCUGUACAGUUUCUACUAUUCUCAUUUGUUGCUUGUUCUGUGCUCUCA